AUGACAAAACCUAGCGGCUUUGUGGGGUGCCUUCUGACGUGCGAGGGACAGAACAUCAAAUACCGCACCUGUAGCAACGUGGACUGCCCGCCCGAGUCCGGAGACUUCCGCUCGCAGCAGUGCUCGGCCCACGCGGACGUGCGGCACCAGGGCCAGUUCCACGAGUGGCUGCCCGUCGACAACGACCCCGACAACCCCUGCGCCCUCAAGUGCCGUGCCAAGGGCUCGGGCCAGGUGGUGGAGCUGGCGCCCAAAGUGCUGGACGGGACCCGCUGCUACACCGAGUCCCUGGACAUGUGCAUCAGCGGAGUGUGUCAGAUCGUGGGCUGUGACCUAGAGCUGGGCAGCACGGCUAAAGAGGACAACUGCGGCGUCUGCAACGGAGACGGCUCGUCCUGCCGCCUGGUGCGAGGGCACUACAAAUCCCAGCAUGCAUCUGGAAAAACUGAGGACACGGUGGUGGUGAUCCCCUUUGGCAGCCGUCACGUCCGUUUGGUUCUGAAAGGCUCGGAUCACUUGUCGCUGGAGAGCAAGACGCUGCAGGGGGUGAAGGGGCAGCUGUCUCUGGACGCCACGCGGCACUACGUGCUGGAGAACACCACCGUCGACUUCCAGCAGCUCACCGACAAGGAGGUCCUGAGGAUAGCAGGGCCGCUAGGAGCUGACUUCACUGUUAAAGUGAGUAACACACACACGGCGGACAGUGUGGUACAGUACAUCUUCUACCAGCCCAUCGUCCACCGCUGGAGAGAGACCGACUUCUUCCCCUGCUCCGUCACCUGUGGGGGAGGCUAUCAGCUGACGUCUGCGGAGUGCUUUGACCUGCGCAGUAACCGCAUGGUGGUGGACCAGUACUGCCACUACUACCCAGAGAACAUCAAGCCCAAACCCAAACUGCAGGAGUGCAACAUGGACCUCUGCCCUGAGAGUGGUGGUUACAAGCAGAUCAUGCCCUACGACCUCUACCACCCCCUCCCAAGGUGGGAGAGCAGCCCGUGGACGUCCUGUUCCACCUCGUGUGGCGGGGGUGUGCAGAGCCGCGCAGUGACCUGCGUGGAGGAGGACAUGCAGGGCACCAUUGUGCCCUCGGAGGAGUGGAAGUGCCUCUACGCCACCAAGACGCCCAUCCUGCAGCCCUGCAACAACUUCGACUGCCCCACCUGGCUGGCCCAGGAGUGGUCACCUUGCACGGUGACCUGUGGGCAGGGUCUGAGCUACCGUGUAGUUCUGUGUAUUGACCACCGGGGGCUCCACGCAGGCGGCUGCAGCCCCACCACCAAACCCCACAUCAAGGAGGAGUGUCUCGUCCCUGUGCCCUGCUACAAGCCACUAGAGAAGCUCCCGGUGGAGGCGAAGCCGCCGUGGUCCAAGCAGGCCCAGGAGCUGGACAGCGAGACCGCCGUAACCGAGGAGCCCACGUUCAUCCCUAGUCCGUGGGGUGCGUGUAGUCGCGCGUGUGGGGCGGGUACUCAGAGGCGCGCGGUGCGUUGCCAGGUGCUGCUGUCCUUCUCGCAGGCGGUGGCCGACCUGCCCGACGACGAGUGCGAGGGCCCGCGGCCGAGCGAGACGCAGCCCUGCUUCCUGACGCCGUGCCCCGGAGCGAGGGAGGAGGAGGAGGAAUGGGCCAGAGAGAGGGAGCGAGAGAAGGAGGAGCGCGCGGAGGAGGAGAAGGAGGAGCUCUACGACUGGGAGUACGACGGCUUCACCGACUGCUCCGAGACCUGUGGAGGAGGUAUGCAGGAGGCGGUGGUGAUCUGUCUGAACAAGCAGACCAGAGAGGCGUCAGAGGAGAAGCUGUGUGUGGAGUCACGACGACCACCUCAACUCGUGCAGACCUGCAACAAGGAGGCCUGCCCGCCCAGGUGGGAGAUGAGCUUGUGGAGUUCGUGCUCAGCCACGUGUGGGGUGGGGCUGCGUACUCGCGCGGUCACCUGCACGCUGCGUCCGGCGCGGGGCAGCAACCGCACCGAGGCCCUGCGCGACGAGGAGUGCCGGCCGCCCAAACCCAUCCCCGUGCAGGCCUGCAACCGCUUCGACUGCCACCCCACCUGGGAGCCACGCGACUGGGGACAGUGCUCCCGUACGUGUGGGGUUGGAGCCCAGAAGCGGGAGGUGCUGUGCAAGCAGCGAUUGGCUGACGGCAGCAUUCUGGAGCUGCCCGACACCUUCUGCCCCUCCCCCACCCCCCCCACACUUCAGGCCUGCGCCCGCAUAGCCUGCCCUCCACGCUGGGUACCCACAGACUGGACCCAGAGGCAGCUGGUAGUGUGUCGGCGCCAGGGUGAGAGUGGGCAGUACCAGACCCUGCUGCCCGACGCCUGCUCAUCCGUGCCCCGACCCGGCACCGUACGGCCCUGUGCCAACGAGCCCUGCAAGAGUCCCCCGGUGAAGCCGUCGGUGUCCCGUGCGGAGCCGAGCAUCCUGGCCCAGCGCAAGGUGUACAUCCAGUGGCGCAAGGGCCGCAAGCUGCACUUCCUGGUGGGCGGCUACGCUUACCUGCUGCCCUGGACCUCCGUGGUCAUCCGCUGCCCCACUCGCCGCGUCCGCAAGGGGCACAUCCGCUGGCUCAAGGACGGCCGGCCACUAGGGGGCGCCUCGUCAACGCGACUGACCGUCUCACCGAUGGGCUACAUCCGUGUUCAGCAGGUGCAGGUGUCGGACGCUGGCGUAUACACCUGUGUGGCGGGCCAGGCACAGGAGAGCUUCGUGCUGAAGGUCAUCGGGAGUAAGAGGAAGCUGGCCGUGCCUCAGGGCAACCUCUGGUUGCCGGCCAACGGUGACCACGACGACGACGACCACAACGACGCCGGACGGGAGAAGAAGAACACCCAGCUGGCGGGAGGGGCGUCGUCGUCGACGGCGACGAUGAUGGCGGCGGCCACGGUGGUGUCGGAGGAGAAGGCCCGGGAGAUGCGCGCGUCGCUGGGUCGCUAUGACGCCCUGGUGCAGAGGCUGCUGGAGGCGCUGGACGAGGCCUUGCGGAACCUGUCGGGCGGCCAGCACAAGGACUCGGUUCUGGCGCAGCUCUUCGGAGAACUCACGCCGCACAGCCACAACGGCGAGAACAACGAGUCCGCGCUGCAGCACCUCCACCCGCCGGAGGAACCGGACCAGAACUCCGAGACCUCCACCCACACACACACACUCCAGCAGCAGCAGCUGUUGCGCCGCACCGCGUCCUUCUCUACCGGGCCGCUCCGUAAGCCCACCCUCCACGUUCCGCACAGAACCGCCGGUUCCGGCUCCGGUACCGCGGCAGCGUCCACUCCUCUGGAGCCGGUGGCGUACGUGGGCGGCGGGCCGGUUCUGGUUCCGAGGAGGGCGAUCCGUCUGCGGCUCAAGUGCCAGGCCCAGGGGAACCCGGAACCGGUCCUCACCUGGACCAAGGACGGGCACGAGCUGCAGGCCAGCAGCAGAGUAGGCCUUCUGCCAGACGGCUCGCUGCUCAUCAGAAGCCCUGCAGACGCCGACGCUGGCCUCUACACUUGCUCCGCCCACAACCACAUUGGCUCCGCCUCCCUCUCCUCAACGCUCCACAUCACAGAUACCAGCUGUGGAGAUGAUGCAACGGCAGGGAACAGCUCGCUCUGCUUGAACGCGUCCCGCGGAUCACAGCCCUGCCAUGGACAACACUGCCCCCAGAGGUGGCUGCCCUCUGCGUGGUCGGCGUGCUCUGCCCCCUGUGGUGGGGGGGUGCAGACGCGCCGGGUGUCCUGCCAGGGGGGGGCCGAGGGGGACAUGAGGUGCCGGGGGGCGGGGAAGAGACCCCCCCUCUCCCAGAGCUGCAACACCCAGCCCUGCUCACACUGGGCCUCCACCGCCUGGGGACCCUGCCAUGGCCAUUGCGUGGGACUGCGGCAGGCCACCCAGCACCGGCACGUCUUCUGCCAGGACAGGAACGGCACCAGGGUCUCCCACCGCAUGUGUGGCGCCCUCCCCAGGCUGCCGUCCCAGAGGAACUGCACGAGCCAGGCCUGCUCCAUCCAGUGGCGCAUGGGGCCCUGGACUCAGUGCACGACCACCUGCGGUCGCCAUGGUUUCCAGUCGCGCUACGUGGCGUGCGCCCACAGCCGCACGGGCAAACUGGCGCGGGAGAUCCACUGCUCCUGGAGGCCUCGCCCCGCCAGCUGGCAGAGGUGCAACGUCCAGUCCUGUGGCAGAGCGGGCGAGUGUCGGGACAGCACGCGGUACUGUGAGAAGGUGCGCCAGCUGGAGCUGUGCCCGCUUGCCCAGUUCAAGUCGCGCUGCUGCCAGUCCUGCCGGAACACCUGA